AUGGAGUUUGUGCAGAUUCGAACAGAGGAUGAGGACGAGGAUGAUGAUGCAGUGACUCAGUACAUGAUUGAACAAAGUCUGCUGGAGAGCAACAAACAGAAAGAAACCCACAGAGACUCCACGACACGAGACAACACGAGCUCCAAGCCUGAGGCUGCAGGCGGCAGCGCGAUCUUCACUGCUAUAAGACAAGGUAACGAGAAGCUCCUGAAGGAUCUGAGCGUCCGACAGAAAGAUAAGUUUUCACAGACAGACAGCCGAGGUUGGACUCCUCUCCACGAAGCAGCAGCUCAGAGUAACCACACUAUCCUGGAGCUCACGUUCAAAGUUUCAGGCCGAGACUCCAUGGAGAGUCGUACUCUGCGUGGUCAGACUCCUCUCUACGUGGCAGUGGAAGCAGGUAUGGUGGAAAACGCCUCCUUCCUCCUCCAACACGGAGCCAAGCCGGACAGCGAGGACCAAGACCAGGACUCUCCGCUGCUUGUAGCAAUCCGCUCAGAGCGCACUGACCUGAUCAAGCUGCUGCUCCAUCAGGGCUCCAGGGUGAACCAGCAGGGCUGCUACGGCCGCCGCCCCCUCCAUGAGGCCGCACGGCUGGGCAAAGCGGAGCUGGUGACUCUGCUGCUGGAUGCCGGAGCGCAGCCGGACCCUGCCAGCCACUACGGCCUCACGCCGCUCGCUCUGGCCGCUCAGGCAGGACAUGUGGAGGUGGUGGAGACUCUGCUGAGGAGAGGAGCAGACGUCCUGUCCCAGGCGCAGGACGAGGCCUCCAUCUUGUACGAGGCGUCUUUGACUGGAGAUCCAGCUCUCAUCAGUCUGUUGCUGGAAUUUGGCGCUGACGCUAAUGUGGCCAAACUCACAGGACACAUGCCGAUCCACCGCGUCGCACAAAGAGGGCACCUGCAAGCUCUGAAGCUGCUGAUUCCUGUCACUUCUAAGGAAGAAGUAAACGACAGCGGGAUGAGUCCUCUACACUCUGCUGCUGCAGGAGGACACACAGACUGCAUCAAGACCUUGCUGGAUGCAGGUUAUGACCCAAACUACAUGCUCCUUUCCUGGGUUCGCCGUAACUAUGACGACGAGAGGAAGUCAGCGCUCUUCUUUGCUGUCUUGAAUAACGACGUGCCGUCAACCAAACUGCUGCUGGAGGCCGGGGCGAUGCCCAACCAAGACCCAGUCAAAUGUUUGCAGAUUGCUCUGCGUGUGGGCAACUAUGAGAUGAUCGACCUGUUGCUGAGGUUUGGAGCCAACGUCAACUAUUACUGCAAAGUAAACACAACCCACUUCCCCUCAGCCAUGCAGUACGCUUUUAAGGACGAGGUGAUUCUCAGGAUGCUGUGUAAAUAUGGUUAUGAUGUGGGGCGCUGUUUUGACUGUCCCUAUGGCAGCGGCUCCCACAUCCCUGAAGACUAUGAAGGAUGGAGCAACUCUGUGAUCAAAGACACCAUGUUCUGUGAGGUGAUCACCGUCUCGUGGCUGACGCACCUCUCAGGUGAGAUGGUCCGCAUCCUGUUUGACUACCUGGAUCACGUGACCAUGUGCUCCAAGCUGAAGGCGGCUGUGAUGGAGCAGAAGCAGUGGCCUGAGAUCUGCAGGCUGCAGGAAAACGCCCGCAGUCUGAAGCAUCUCUGUCGUCUGAAGAUCCGUCGUUGUCUCGGUCGCCUCCGUCUGAGAUCUGCUGUCUUCAUGAGCUUCCUGCCGUUGCCGGAGCGAUUGAAGGAUUACAUCCGGUACCGGGAGUACGACCUGUACAACCGGCAGAGCAGCACCCCGGGGUGACGGAUUCAAUUCAGAGACAGUUACAUAUGAACAUAUAAAAAAUCAAAAUUACACUUAAAGUCACUUUUUUUCUGCUUGUUAACUUAUUUUCCGCACCUUACACCUAUUUAAUAGUUUUUAAUGUAUUUUUUUAUUAAAAAAAAAGUUUUCCCCUCUCGAAAGACAGUGUGUUAUAAUUGUGUAUGGAGUCAUAUGAGUGCCAUAAAAAAUAUAAAUCUGUAAAAGAAUAAGACAUUCAUUUUGAAUUAAGAAGAUAAUAAUUUUGAUUUAAAAAAAAAAAUCAAAAUUAAAAUGUGGAAAUAUAAAGAGAAAUAAAAGAAUAAAUAAAUUAGGUAAUAAAAAGACAAAAUUAAAAACAGAAUUGUGAGCAUUUUCAUUUAUUUUCACUUUUUUCUUCUUUUAUUAUUAUAUAUAUUUCUUUAUAUGUUUAAAAAAAAUUACUUUUUGCAUAUAAAUUGCUUUAUUUUUUUCUGUAGGCCUUUACUUUCUGUAGUUUAUUUGAUUUCGUGUUAUAUUUAUUUAUUUUUAUCACUAUUAUUUAUUUUCUCCAUUGCUUUUACUUUUUUUGUAGUGCUUUCCCUAUUUUUUCUUUUUUACCUAUUUAUUUUUUUAAAUUGAUUUAUUUAUUGUUUUAUUUAUUUCUCUUUAUAUUUCCACAGUUAAAUAUUUUAUUUACUCUUUUAUUUAUUCCUCCUUUUAUUUCCAGAUUCAUUUUCAUAUUCUUUUACAGAGAGUUUUAAAGUUUAUUGUAUUUUAUUUAUUUAUUUAUUCAUUUUGUGGCACUUCUAUGGCUCCAUAAUUUGUCUAUAUUUUCAUAAAACAUAAAAGCAACCAGUGUCUGAAAGUCAAAUACAGAUUGGGAGUGCACAAUCCAACGUGAAGUCUUGUUUCCAUAAAAUUAUUGAAAAUAGAAAAUAACAGAAUGAUGCCAACAACAAAUAAUUGUCUCAUGUUUGUUGCAGAUAUAAUUUUGUCAGAUCGUCAGUGUUUGUAUUUUAUUAUCACAUUUGACAACACGUGAAUUACAGUUUGUCAAUAUUUCAUAACACUUUGAUGCUGCUGAAAUGAAAUAAAUGAUAAUUUAUUGACCUGUUUGUUGACUGUUAAUAAUGGUGACACUAAGAAUCUGCACAGGCCAGAUAUUUGCAUCUGUUUUAAAGUAAAUAUUGUUUUACCAUCAGGAGAUCUUAACUACCAGCUGCUGAAAAUUUGAAUCCUGUUGAUAUCAGGAAAAAAUCCUCACUUUGUACACAAGAAAAUGUCCAGAUGGUUCAAAACAACACUAAGAUAAUGACAGAGGUGUUUUGUUUCAGGAUGUUGUGGAUUUCUUUCUCCCCCCAGUGGCCAAAAGAGUCAUUUAUAUUCUCCUUUUUAUUUUUCAGAUAACAUUGGCCAGUUUAAAAUCCAUUUUGCACCCCAUGUCAGCGUGGGUUUCCUCCAGGUACUCCAGCUUCCUCCCACAGUCCAAAGACAUGCAGGUUAAUUGGUGACUCUAAAUUGUCCGUAGGUGUGAAUGUGAGUGUGAAUGGUUGUCUGUCUGUAUGUGUCAGUCCUGUGAUAGUCUGGUGACCUGUCCACGGUGUACCCUGCCUCUUGCCCAGUGUCAGCUGGGAUAGGCUCCAGCCCCCCCGUGACCCCUAACAGGAUACGCGGUUACGCAAAAUGAAUGAAUGAAUGAAUGAAUGAAUGAACAGGUGGAAAUGGGCUUCCAUGAUAAAGUGCCCUGGUGGACUGCAGGCUUAAAGGUCAACUCUCAAGUACUUCUACAUAUGGAAUAAAAAGUUGUACAAAGCCUUUUAUGGCUUCAGAGGGAGGUGUGCAAAGUCCGAUAACUUGCCUCAUGUGAUGUCACUUGAGUCAGAGCAAGUUUUAAAUUGAAAAAAACGAAACAAAACAAGGGGGUAUUGAGGCUUAAGGCUCAAGCUGCUACAAGCAUAACACAAACAAAUCUCUGACCCAACUGUCUGUGGUCUAGUUGCAUUCUGGAUAAUGCAGGGCCAGGUUAACACAAUGCUUCGAAUAAACAAAAUAUGUCUGGUUCUGCUGCAUCAGUUUUAAUACUUUUAAAAUAAUUGUCCACCGAGAGUCCAACAAUGUUAUAAGAGUGAAAUUGUUGGAGUUCUCUUUUUGAAACUGACCUCAAACUGUCAGGUUGAGAUCAGCCAGGAGAUCUCUGCUCCAUGUUGCUCAUUUCCUGUCGUCUCUACACUGCUGACUUUCUAAUAAAAACAGCAAUAAAAUACCCUGAAAAUCCUCUAAAAAGAUGCAAUAUCGUGGAAAAUAGUGGACUUUUUUCAUCCAAAUCAUAUAAUGCUUUCUUAAAACUGGUCAAAAUCAUGAUGCUGCAUGAACAUUUGACUUUAGUGGAUGGAAAUUCUAAGAUGUAUUAAAUGAUACCAAGCCAAGAUGUGUCGUUAUUACAACAGAGUCCAAUUCUAAUAUGAAAUAAAAUCCACUGAUUCUGAUUUAUUAUCUAUAAAGAGCAUUGCAUUCCCCACAGGAAAAACUAAUUGUAGGCCUCAAUUAUGACGUACUGUCGCAUAAUUACAAAAAAUCUCAUUAUUACAAGAUAAGAUCUCAGUUAUUUUUCUUUCUGUGAAUGAAAUGCUUCUCCAUAAGUCUCAUAACUUUGACUUGGGUGCUCAUUUUCCUUCUUUGUAAUCUUUCCUUCUGAAAUUACUGCACAACAGUUCCCCAUGUGAUAAAGUUUUGUCUUAAAUCUUUGUGCCUGCUCCUUGCUUCUGUCUCGUCCUCACAGAAAUGGACUUACACAGAGUGAUUUAAGACACAGCCAGUAAGUUCAUGUGACCUUGUUGGGUUUGAAAGCCCUGUGAUACUUUGUUAGGUGCACUCAUACUCCUCUUUAACUGCAUUAACUUUUCAAUAAACGUUUCAGGAACUCAGCAACAUUUUCUCAGGAGGAGCCUGGAUCCAGUUUUACCUCUUGCCCCACAUUAAGUCUGUUUCCUGAUGGUCCAGGAUCAGGAUCAGGGCAGAAUGUGCAGGCCUGCAAACACCAGCUGCCACUUGUCUCGGACUGUAGGAAUGCACCUAAUGAUUAUUUUCAUUACCGAUUAUUCUGUUGCCUAUUUUCUUGCAUAAUCAAUUAAUUGUUUGGUCUAGAAAACGUCAGAGAAUGAUGAAAAAGGCUCAUUGCAGUUUCCCAAAACCUUCGCUGUAGAAAAUAUUCCCACACACU